AUGUUACCAGCUCCCACACUCAUGCUUCCGCCUCAACCCCCAUCUGAUGACGUUAACCCUAUCCCAAACAUGGAACCUCAUGAGACGUCACCAGUAACUCCAUCUUCAUCACCGACAUCACACAUCACACCUCCUGUCGUGUCUACUCCGACUCAGCAAUGGACACCAACUCCACAACCUACUCAGCUCCAUCCCAUGGUUGCAGAAGCAAGUGUCACACCUGUAUACAUAAUGUUUGACAAUUUUAUUGAUAUUGUGGUUGUCAAAUAUUGGGCAGAAAAAGGGGUUUCAGGUUUCUAUGUUUACAAGUUUCGUCUCAAGCGUAUGGAAGGGCAGCCUUCUUUAGUGACUGACAUGGCUAAUUUGUUGUUUUUAAUGUUAGGAUGAUCUGAUUUUCACCUUCUGGAAUGUUUUCUAUUCUGUGAUGGAACUAUUUUCCAAAAAUACCCCAUGGAUUGGAUCCUGUCUCUACAUGUUGCUGCUGAAGGCACAACCUUGGUCAAACAGGCAGAAGAUGCUGCAAGUAAUAAGAAGGCAGAAAAGAGAUUGCAGGUUGAUCCUGCUACGUGGCCAAUAAUGAUCUUUAGGUUCUGCUAGAAGGAUUGGAGAUUGCAGUUAAGCUUCUAUCUAAGACUUCACGCCA